AUGGUGCACGCCAUCUAUAUUGACUUUAAAAAGGCCUUCGACAGUGUGCCUCACCACCGCCUUCUAUACAAACUCAGCCGUGCAGGAGUGCGAGGUAAGCUUCUGGUGUGGAUUCGAAGCUUUUUACUCGGGCGCUCUCAAGCCGUCCACGUCGGUGAGCAGCAAUCUGCCGAGGGUGCCGUUAGGAGUGGUGUUCCCCAAGGCUCUGUUCUUGACUCCAUAUACGUCAACGACAGCACAAACGAACUGGAUUGUGAUGUCGCAAUGCUUGCUAAUGACAUAAAGAUCUGGAGUACCAUACGAAGCGAAGUUGACGAGGCGCGACUGCAGACAAAUCUGGACCACCUCGAGCAAUGGUCGAAAGACUGGCUUCUACCGUUCAACGUUAACAAGUGUAACUUCCUACGUGUCGGCGGAACCAGUUCUCCUAACCGCACGGUCUACCGUCUGACUGGCAAACCACUGCAAGAAGUCGACGCCCAGAAGGACUUGGGUGUAUGGAUCACAACCUCGCUUAAGCCUUCGCUGCAAUGUUCAAAGGUGGCCAAGUCGGCGAUGUCCAUUCUAUACCUCGUCAAACGGGCGUUCUCCUCCUUUGAUGAAAACUGCCUCACCAAGGUCUUUCAGAUUGUCGUGCGAUCGCAUCUGGAGUUUACUAUCCACGCAUGGAGACCCUGGACCGCUAAAGACUUCGGCAUACUCGAAAAGGUUCAACGGCAAGCAACGAAACUUGUAUCUGGGUAGUAAUCACUACCCUACGAAACACGAUUAGCUAAUCUUGAACUCUUUCCUUUGAGUUACAGAAAGCUACGUGGGGACCUGAUACAAGCUUUCGCAUCGUGCGCAAUCAGGGGUGCUGCCUCGCAUCUGGAGACUUCCUCGGGUUAGCGACUACGACUAACCUUAGAGGCCAUCCACUCAAACUGCGUGUGACUGGUGCCCGGCUAGACAUACGGAAGUUCUUCUUCCCCAACAGAGUGGUUGCAGCUUGGAAUGCCUUGCCUGAGGAUGUUGUUAUGUUGGGAUCCGUAGAUACUUUUAAACGGAGGCUAGAUCAACAUUGGAGCGCGCACCACAAUAACGCCGGACUGCGGAUACCUUGAUAGCCAACGUUAACCAUUUAGUGUUAUGACGAUGCUACUACCAACACUCAAGUAACAUAUGCCUAUGUAAUUUAUUAAUUUUGGACCACGUCGCACACCGCUGCUGCAUUCACCACGAUGCCUGUAGACUAAAAACGUUUACUUCUUUUCCUGCAUCUUAAGCGUGCUUCAACUGUUUGAUGCAUUUACUCAACAAACUGAGUUCAUAUGUCUCUAAAUUCUGUUAACGCAUGUCAUUCUGUGCUCAACUGUACAGCAUUUCUUUCAUAUUACUUCCUUUCCAUUUUCUCCAUAUACUUCCUCUGCGUGUAACCAAUAGGGAUUUCAAAGGUACACACCUACUUACCAUGAAAUACACUAAUACUGAAGUGGCGUCCUUUACCCUACCGUUGCCUAAGAAAGCUAAAAACUCUGUUACCCACGAACCAAGGGCGGCUGUCUGAAGGCCCAGUGUUGAUGUAAUAUGUCAUCGGAAGCAGAAAUCUUAGAAUUCGCCUCGUUGAUACGCCAUACGGUCUCAUCCCCAUUCACUGACGAUGUUAUCUGUCUCCAUAAACGUUGAGCUGUCGUACGCAUUCUCGGUUUUUUGGUAAUGUUUGGGCAAUAGUAUCUUUUAACCGCACUCCACGAUCCCCUGUACUUCCACGUAACUAGCGGUGGACACAGCCUCAACGAUUGCUGACUUGACGGGUGUGAAGUCACUCGAAGCAAGGCAAGAUAGCACAUUAGUGUCUCGACUGCGCGGUAUUAUGGUGUCCCUUGUGUAUCAAGCAGACGCGUUCUACAGUUUGCUGUUAUCAGCCAAAGCUGGUUGUGCUUACGAGUAUAUCAAAGCUGAGAAACACGUCCAGACCCUCUGUAGUUGUGUUCCUGGGAUAUAUUGAUAGAACUUAGACUGAUCGUAAAUUGGCCUAGUGCUGUAAUGGUAGUAGAUUGGCACCAUUAAGGCAUCUGAAACGGCAACCAGUUAGUGAUUGCAAAUACACUCUUUAGUCAGUUGUUUCUUGUAUCAGAUACUGCGACCGGCAACGUAGUGCUAGAUAGGGGCCACCACUGCAGUGGUGACUUGUCCAUGAGUUGGAAAGUAACAUUAGCAGCACUGGCUUCUUACCCUUCCACGUCCACGUUGAAUCAGUGAGAAGACUGAGACGGACUGACUGCCCCAGCGGCUAACCAGGCAUUUUGAACACAUCUCUCCUGACCCUAACUAUCGACUGAGGUUUCUCCGGUUCUCAUAAGUGGUAUUGAAUCGCAUCUUAAGCAGGAAAGAAUGCCGGAAGUGCGCAAUCAGUCUUCAACCCUGUGCCCGUGUAACUCCUGUAGAAAAUCACAUGCUCAGCCUGCCGGAAAUGGGUCACUUCUCUGAUAGAGUCGCGGAAUCUCCAAAUCUCAUACUAUGGAACACUAGCCAUUCAACUCUAAUUUACUGGAUGUAACCUCGCCGUAUCAUUUUGUGACUGUCAAAAAGUAGUUCUUGCACUGACGGUUUUGUUCUCAAAAGUUUCCUUCAUCACCUAUCGACUGCAAUUUUCAUUACUCCUGAGUUCACAUGCGCCUGGUUAUUUCCCAGUCCUUACUUAUUUUGGCGACCAUAAAACUGCUAUUAUAAUGAACUUUUGAUAGAGGGAACUGCACUCAUUAGGAAUUUAAUUUUGUCAAAACGUCGAAAAAUGAUAAGUUUUCUGUGUCCAAUCCGUGUAUGACCUCAUCUCUACGUGGCCUGAACUGACGUAGCAGUCCACUGAACAUCAUAUCGUGACGUGAUGACUGAGGCCAGGAAGCUUAGAUUCGCAGAGGGCCUUAUCCGUUGGUGCAUACGCCGGCUUAUCUUUUGUCGAUUACAGCGUACAAAGUUCUUCCUUACCACCACUACUUAAGGACUUGAGUACUGAAUUUUGCGUUUUGACUAAAGAUGUUUCUGUUCAACGAGCAGCAUUUUAUUAGGAUUGGAGGAUGGAAGCGAGCAGUUCUGUCUUACCCCGGCAGGCGGUCGCAUAAUGAUUAGUGAUCUUCGCUGGUGUUCCUUGUCCUGGUCGAUAAUACUUCUCGACUGUCAACUGCUAAUCGCCAUGCAACCGUCUGAGAAAGUUUCAGAGCAAAAUGGAAGGACCCAUUUCCGUCCAUAGGAAAAACUGAUCAACGUCGCUCCCAUGUAUUCCUGUAUCUUUCUGAUAAAAAAUGGGGGAAUAUUAGUCCUGCAGUUGCAGUGAUGGAAGAGUUUAACCUAGAAGUGCAUCAGCCCGCUGGACCGGAUCUCAAAUCUGGGGGACGCUAAAGUCCCCGCUUCUAUUAGCAAUGGUUAAUGAUGACAAAUAAAUCAGAAAAGUGUAUUUCGCUGUUUUUGCUGAUUGCAUAUAACCUUUACAUACAUAAUUUUUGUUUUUGAUUUUUUAAAUAUUACAUUACAGAGUUGGGUCAUCAUGCGGAUAAAAACUUGCAUUCAUGCUUGCAUUAUUUAACAUUUUUCGUGUUCAUUAGGACCUAUUUGUAUAGCUCCUUUAACAUUCAUAUGCACCAUAUUGUCUCGCGGUAAAUUUUCGCAGUUGCAUUAUUUGGCACUCAGUGUUCUCCUUUCCCUUUGGUCGCUCGCUCUGCUGUUCCGGACUUCCCUCAAAUUUGCAAAUGUAGGAUUAUCUUAUUUAUUGUCAAAGGCUUUUUGUUUAUUCUUCACUUAAUAUGUCCAAUUCCGUGCUAUGAUUUACCGUACUAACAACACAGGUAUUAGCUAAAAGCCCAGACACGCGUGAUUCGCCAAUCUUAUUCCGCUGCUUGACGCAGCUGCGAGGGGUUCGGCUCGUCAGUGGGUCCCCCAGCUUUCCCUGAGUGUUUUCUGGUAAAUGAACUCCAGUUUCAACUGGCCUUGUUUAAUUUCCGAGGAAAUUAAUGCACUUUUAGCUAAUACCUUUGUCGUUAGUACGGUAAAUCAUCGCACAGUUCUAUACUACUGGCUGCCUAUUGGCGGUAUGUGAAUAUCAAGCGGUUAUUCCGCAGUAGCUGAUGGAUUUCAGCAGCAGGAAGAGCCAUACAACGGUUGAUGGGGGUUGUCCCUGUGUGCCAAGCCUCGAUUGUUUCCCUGGCUAUGCGGUCGUCUCCCCGGCCCAGAAUUUCGGCAUGCUGAAAGGCGAACGUGUGUCCGGAAUCCGCGCAGUGUUCGGCCACCAGGGCUUGGCACACAGGGACAGUCCCCAUCAACCGUUGUGUGGCUCUUCCCGCUGCCUACCAAGCCCUUCGGGCGCAGCUCAGUAAACAAAUGAGCAGACGUGCACCCAUUCUAAACAUGAAUCCAGACAUGAGCGAGUACAUGGCGGAUACACACUCAGCCACCCCUCAACCGGGUUCCGACGAAGGCGCAGUCCUCACCACAGCCGCUCCAUCUUCUAGUCCGGCGGACAAGAAAACGGACAGUCGUUGCGGCGUAAACAAGAUUGCCGGGCUUGGACGACAGCUACGGUCAAUGAAGGUACGAACGACGGCCACCAACGUCUCAACGCCGGCCCCCGAUGUAGAUUGA